AUCCGGAUAGCAGAACCCUUAUGAGUAUCCAUAUUGAAUACUAGUUGGUUGAUUGUGGAUACCAACUAAUAUCCACAAUCAACCAACUAGUAUUCAAUAUGGAUACUCAUAAGGGUUAUCUGGAUACUCUUAUGUGUUAUCUUGGAUACUAAUUAUGUUCUGUUUGGAUACUAUUUUGUAGGGCUGGCUAUUUGGUCCCGGACUGUUUGGUUUUACUCGAAACCGGACCGUAUAACCCGGACCGGGACCGGACUGGGACCGGAUAGCAAACAAUGCAAUAUCAUAUUCGGGCUUAGAUUUGAGGUAAAAAAACCAGAUAAAGACCGGAUAAGAGACCCCAACACCUAAAAUCAAGAUAAAAUUGGGACCGGACUGGAUCAAGACCGGAUUGUAUCCAAUCCAAUCUUUGGUCCUUAUAUUCCCGAAAAGACCGGACUGGGACCGGAUCAAUUUGGUCCAUUUUAACCGGACCGGACCGUAUAGCCACCCUUACUAUUAUGUGUUGUCUAGAUAUUAGUUUGUGAAUUUGGGAUAACAUUUGAUUCAUGAUGGAUAUUAGUUAGCAAACUUUAAAUACUAGUCCGUGCCCUCUAGAUACUUUAGUACUUGGAUAUUAAUUCAUAUAUUUUGGAUAUCAGUUAGUAUCUACUAACAAAUCUUCAAGUUAGCAGAUUAACUUUCCCCCUUAAACGGCCAUCAAUAUAUAUAUAUAUAUAUAUAUAUAUAUAUAUAUAUGGUUAUGAGAGGUAAAAUAAGAAGAAAAUAGAACCUUAGUGAUUACCCACUCUUAAUUUUUUUAAAUCUCGACCAUUAGAUCCUGCACUUGAUUAGCAAUAACUCAUAAUGUCAUUCCUCCAUUGAACAAGGCUGGCCAACAACGGUGGUGUAGCCAGAAUUUUAUUCAAGAGGUGCAUUGAAAUAAUUUUUUAGCAAUAACUCAUAAUGUCAUUGCCAUCUCAUUUUUUAUAUUAUGAAAUUAUUUUAAAAAUACAUAAUUGUCCAAACUAUUACAAUUUUUCUCUUAAUGUUAUCCCACCAAAUAAUCAUUCACAUUUUUUCACUCGAUUCGAACGCUGGUCAACUCAUUUCAUUGCAGAAAAUUUUAUAUCAACAUUUGUAUUGAAAAAAUGUAGUAUCAAACUUAACUUAGUUUCACAGGCAAAUAUAUUGGCGGGAACACAUUUUAUCUUCAGACUAUCGUUAUCAUAAAAAAAAAAUUAAUUAUUUUCUCUAAUAAUCAGCACCCUAUUAUCCAUUUUGAUAAACUAGAUUGUAUUUAUGUAGAAAUUAAUAGGUAAAAUUAAUUAAUAUAAUUGAAUGCAAUGGGAUUGUAAAUAAUUGAAAAUUAACAUUGAGCUUUGGAUUUCAAAUUUUAUUAUUAUCGUAUAAAUACUUUGUGUGUUUCGAGGGUGCCAUGGAACACCCUCCUCCACCUUUGGCUACGGCCUUGGCCAACAGGGUGUGCCGGGAGAUCCUCCGACACAACGCCCUCCAUCAUCGUAGAUUCGUAUUUCUAUUAGUUGAUACAUUCCUAUAUUAUACGAUGAACUUAUUGUUCAAAAUUGAGUGAUUAUUGUUAUGGUAAUGCUAGGGAUGAUAAUUUCGACCUGACUCGAUUUACCCGACCCUGGCAUUGAAAUAUUAGUGUAGCUCGCAUAAGAUGGGUCUAUAAAUACCGCAUUCUUGGUUAAGCUUUUAGAUACACAACACAGCACACAUCGAUCAAUAUUAUCAUCAACACCAAGCAUCUCAUUUCUUAUCAACAUAGCCAUGGCUGCUUCCUUGUCCACUUUCACCAUGAUCGCCGCCGUCCCUCCGACUCCCACCACUGGCCGGAACAUUACUCCUCUUGCCAGCUUAGCCCGCCCAGCCCAUAGUUAUCUCUCCAAGUCACCCAAUCUGAUGAUGAUCUCCGGCCGCAAAUCCACCGCCGUUCCUUUUGCCGUCUCCACCAACAAGGCCGAGGCGACCGGCGGCGGGGAUUUCGCCCUUGCUCCCCCACUAGUUGCCUUCGGCAAGCAGGCUGAUCAGGCCGCCGACUCCACCGGCGGCGGGGAAAUCAUCCUUUUGCUCCCACUGCUGCUUCUCUUCGGCAAGCAGGCUGAUGUUAGUAUUGAGUAGUAAUAUGGCAUACUACGAGUAUUGUCAGCUGCCUGUCUGCUUGCAGUUUGUUUAAUUUCGUCUGUCUGUUCUCGUGUCGUUUUUCCUCAAAGUUAUUUUUCAUGCAUAUGUACUAAGUAAUAAGAAGUCAAAAAGCAUGCGAGCCGUCGCCGGACGCCGGCAGUACUCCCUGCUGCCGGGCAUGCAUGUGACUGUAAUUUAAAUAUUUGUGUGUGGUUGUAUUUGUAUCUGGCUUUCUGUUGCUAUUGUAAGAAAAUAAAAUAAGCAAAAGUUAUGUGUGUUUAUCUUUUAAGGAUAAUUUCACUAGGAAGUUCAAACUACUCAAAAAUUAUCAUUUGUGUUUUAAAUUAUUCAAUAUAACAAAUCUGGUCCAAACUAUAUGCAUUUUGUGUCAUUUAUGGCCUAAACUAUUUAAUAUGAAAAAUCUGACCCAAACCAUAUAGAAGCUGACGACAUUUUCUAUGAUCUACUAACGGUCAACGUCGGUCAACAUUAACAAAAAAAUAGUCUAGGCCAGAUUUGUUAUAUUAAAUAGUUUAACCCACAAAUGACACUUUUUGAAUAAUUUGAAAUUCCUAGUGAAAUGAGCCCUUUUAUCUUUACAAUGGCAUCAAUUACUAUGUCUUUGGCAAGAAGGCAAACACGUACGAGUGGUGAUUCGGACAUUACAGGCCUCGAAGUUAAAAAAAUAAUUGGAUUUGUUCCUAAAAUAAUUGGAUUUACAAUGGCAUCAAUUACUAUGUCCAGAAACCAGUUUGAUUAUCUUAAGAUUACGUCGUCCACCAAUGCUCCAUAUUUACGGAAUAUUAAUUGGGACAAAGAGGGCCCACCUAUCUUUAUGAAUUUGUUCCGGCACUAGAUCCACAAGCAUAGAUAGCAAUUUUUACCUAAAUCAUUCUAACUGGUUUGUUGAUGCAUUGACCGAAAAUUUCUUUGUUUAAUGAUAAUUUGAUGUUAUAUUGGUUUAUUUGAAUAAUCAAUUAAUCAAAAUGAUUAAAUUUU